GCUAGGGACUAGGUUCAUUUCACAUGGAAAAAUGCUGGCUAAGCCAGGAGAUACUGCUGAAUGAAUCAUACACACAGCCAGGCAUCUGCUCCGGCAGCAGACCAUUGGGAAGCCUCAACUCCUCCUCCAGCUCUGCCCCUUUUCCUUCUCCUUGAGCAUCGCCCCUGGAUCUUCCCCCCUCCUGCCUCCAGAACCUUUUGGUAAGGCAGGAAAGGGGAGGGGUGGACUGCAGAAGAAACUGCCCCAGCUACUGACUCACACGGGAAGAAGAGCAAUAGCAGCUGCAGAAGAGGAAUGGCAGGAGGCGGCAGGGGUAACAACAAAGCAGCAGCAUCCUUCUGCCUUAUCAGAGCACUUUAUCUGGCUGCAAUCGCCUUCUCUCAGCUGGUGGAUGGGAGGGAAGUCACAGCAGACUGGACACAGGAGAAGUAUUCUCACCAACCAAGUAUUUUAAAUUCUGCUGCUAUCCGGAAAGUUGCAGCAUACACAGAUGUUGUUCAAAUGUGGCAAAACGAUCUGCGUCCUAUGAUGAUAGAGAGAUAUCCAGGAUCACCAGGAAGUUAUGCUGUGCGUCAGCAUAUCAAGCAUCGUAUUCAAAGGUUGCAGGCUGGCUGGGUAGUUAAGGAAGAUACAUUUCAGGCAUACACACCCUAUGGAUACCGAACAUUCUCAAAUAUCAUCAGCACCCUCAAUCCCUUUGCCAAACGCCAUCUGGUACUUGCUUGCCACUAUGACUCAAAAUACUUCAGUCCACAGUGGGAUGGCACAGUGUUUGUGGGAGCCACUGACUCAGCUGUGCCCUGUGCUAUGUUACUGGAGCUGAUACGUGCCCUGGACAGCCAGCUUCAGUCAAUGACGAACAGCUCAGCCUCUAGGCCAGAUCUUUCACUUCAACUGAUUUUCUUUGAUGGCGAAGAAGCCUUUGUGCAGUGGUCUCCCAUCGAUUCCCUUUAUGGAUCUCGACACUUAGCCCAGAAAAUGGCAUCUACUCCACAUCCAGCUGGUGCAACAGACACCAAUCAGCUACAGGGCAUUGAUCUGUUCGUGUUACUGGAUUUAAUUGGUGCUUCAAACCCAACCUUUCCCAAUUUCUUUCCAAACACUGCCCGAUGGUUUAGCAGACUUCAAGCAAUCGAACGAAAGCUACAUGGCUUGGGUUUGCUGAAGAAUCAUCCUUUUGAAAGUCAGUAUUUCUGGGGUAAAACCGCUCAAGGGUUGAUUGAGGAUGACCAUGUUCCAUUUUUAAUGAGAGGGGUUCAAGUUCUUCACUUGAUCCCAUCCCCUUUCCCUAAGGUGUGGCACACCAUGGAGGACAAUGAAGAAAACCUCAGCAAAACCACUACUGACAACCUCAAUAAAAUCCUACAAGUGUUUGUGCUGGAAUAUCUCGGUCUGUGAUAGCACAGUGGCUCUGAAGCACUGCUCUGUUUUAAAUACUGCUACCAGUCCCAAACAUCAAGUUCUUAAUCAUCUCACCUGCAGCUAACUGUGAUGAAGAGCACUAAAGGCAAAGCAUGAUGUGGUACCAACUCUUGUUAGUCAGAGGUCAGCUGUCUUUGGCUACACAGUCUAGUGAAGUCAGAUGAAAAUGCCAUUAAACAAGAAUUGUCAGCCUGAAAAGAGCCUGGUCCUCCACAUCUCACCUGAGAGAGAGAAGGGAAACCUGUAUUUUUCCAUGUCACUAUCACUGGUUUUAGUCCAGACAUUAAAACGAAAUAGAAUCCAGAUCCUGAAUAUAAAUACUUCCUAAUGUAGGGCUUAGCUGCCAUUUUUAUACAGUGAAUAACGUUUAAAGUUCAAAACUGGAAAGAGCUUCCAGAAUUUCUGGCAUGCCAAGUAAAGCACACCUUAAAACACCAAUGCAUGUUCUUAAUCCCCAAGAAGCAGAGAAGAGACCAUACUGUCUUUUCCCUGUCCUUGGGAAAAGGCAGGCUUUCAAGGAAAAAGUGGAUAUUGGGAGGGAAGGGCGGCAAGAGAAAAGUUCCUGCACACACUAUGCAUCCAUGAAAGAGUCAGCCACAAUUUGUUCCAAAAUAAAUAGGCCCUUGAAGAAUAAAUAGGCCUAACCACCAGGUGGUAUCGCAAAACCAAGCAAAAUCAGAACUGACCACAUUUUAAUUAUGUGCAUUUUUUAAACUACCGGGUUGUAAAAAUCUUUUGAAAUGCAAUGCAAGCUGCAGACUAGUGGCACUAAUGAAAUAAGCAUUAUAGGGUUCCAAACAGUGAGGCCAGGUCUACACAAUGGGCCAGGUCAGGUCAAGGUACACAAUUUCCAGCUACAUAAAAAAAAAUUAUCUGGAGUUAAUAAACCCUAAGCCAAGAUUCGGCACUGUCCUCUCAGCGGGAGGUCGACAGGAGAAAUGCUCCCAUCAACUUCCCUUACACCUCACGUGUGCAGAUGGGAGAACUCUCAGCAUUCAAUUUAGCAGGUUUUUACUAGACCUGCUAAAUCAACUGCUGGAAAAAGAUUGCUGCAGCAUUGAUCUCCCUACAAAUGGAGACAUGGCCUGAGAGGCUAGUACCACACAAGGAGAAGCAAACAAAAUGUUCUAAGCUAAGAGUGAUAACCAUAGGCUAGGUUUUGCCACCCUCUCUCAUUUGGGACUAUUAAAAGAGUAAAUUCAGUGCAACGGUGGCAGAAUCCAGCCCUAAAUUGAACAAACUCAUGGGAGAAGCAAAGAGAAUGAGUUCAAGAGAUGAACUGAAAAGACCAGGCAUUUUAAGGUCACAGUCUUCCCCUGCUGAGACUCUUACACUAGCAAGUUCGGUUCUAUACAAUGACACAGUACAAAUUAAUAUUCAAAAGGGGUCAUUGUUAUGGCACUGACUUGCAUUUUAGAUUUUGUACAAAUAAGCUUUUCUAACUCUAAGAUGAGUAUUUCCAAGACUUCAGAUUCUAAUAGGAACACUGAAGGCACUGAACAGUCUCUUGCAGUGUUUGUAGCCCAAUGUUGCAACAUUGUUUUAUUAUGAGAAUCUGAAAAUUAAAUGUUGUUCUAUUUUCAUUGUCCCCGUUAAGAGAAAUGCAACAGGUAAAAACAACAUAAGAUGGAUUCUAAAGAUUUUUCAAUGUUAAUAAUUUAAGUCCCUAUUUGUAACAUAAGCAAAAACUGGAAUUUUUAAAAUGAGAUUUAUAAACUUUACAUCCUCCUAUUAAGAUGCAAUAACCUGGAUGCAUUCUCUAAAACAGAGCACAGUAAACUUCAAAAACAGACAGACACAUGUAUUUUAGUAAGUGUGUGGUAAAAGUUGUCUUACUAAAUAAAAAUAUUUGGAGUCUU